AUGGAAACGCGCAGUACGCCUCUCGAAAAUCGACCGCGACUUCCCCGCAUAGCCCUAAGCAAGCGGAAUCGGGCUGUCGUGAGAGCUCUGAACCCAAUGCUGGUGACCUAUUUGGAAGCCAGCCAGGACCUUUGCGAGACGGAUUCAAUUCUCUUUGGCGCCGCACUGGCGAUGGCGUUUGCUGGGACAAAUGUUAGUUUGUCCCAGCCGGAUACAAUGCAGAAACUGACGGAGCGCAAAGACGACCUGAAGCAGAGAAUCGCUGCUUGGGGAAAGCGAAUUCGGCGAUAUACCGAGAGGUCGACACGGUUCAACCAGAAUCGUCUCUUCCAGAGUGAUCAGAAGAGGCUCUAUAAAUCAUUGGAGCGACCAAUGGUAAGUGGAACGGGCCCAGUACCGAAUCAGGCCGACACGGUCGCAUUCUGGCGCAGCCUGUGGUCAGAGCCCGUUAACCACAACGAGGGCCCUUGGACGGAAGUUGUGGCGAGUAUGUGUGCGGGUAUAACGCCCAUGGACCCCGUCACCAUAACGCCGGAUGACGUAGCUGAGGCGGUCCGUAGGGCCCCGAACUGGAAAAGUCCGGGACUCGACGGGCUGCAUCACUACUGGCUGAAAGGGUUCGUGAGUGAUCAGAAGAGGCUCUAUAAAUCAUUGGAGAGACCAAAGGUAUGUGGAGCGGGCCAAGGACCGGAUCAGGCUGACAUUAUCGCAUUCUGGCGUGGCCUGUGGUCAGAGCCCGUAAACCACAGCGAGGGCCCUUGGAUGGAAGUUGUGGCGAGCCAGGGUGCGAGUGUUACGCCUAUGAACCCCAUCACCAUAACGCCAGAAGACGUGGCUGAGGCGACCGAGUUCGGUAUAUCUUACGCUCAAAUAUAUUUGAUGGCGCCGAAAUCGAACGGCUACGACGUGAGGCUGUUCCCCUCAUCAAAUGAAAACGCUAAGACUGGGGGUGCGGUGCCACAAGUUGCAGAACAACCCGCACACGUGGAUGCCGCCGAGAAUACCCCAGUGGUUGCUGAUUCAAAUGAUGAUGGAACAUUCACCCAGGAACUAGAAAUAGAGCAAAAAUGA